UCAUGGGUAUAUAUAUAACCAUUCCCUCCCUCACUUUCACUCUUCAUUUCAUCUCUCAUAAGAGGAAAAUCCUAUUCAAUCCAGUUGAAUCCAAACCCAUAUAUCACAUAUAUAAGGGCAUUUAGGCUUCUUGAGUAGAGAUAACAAAAAUGGUGAGAGCUCCUUGCUGUGAGAAGAUGGGACUAAAGAAAGGUCCAUGGACUCCUGAAGAAGAUCAGAUACUCAUCAAUUACAUUCAACAAUAUGGCCAUGGCAACUGGAGGGCACUUCCAAAACAUGCAGGUUUAUUGAGGUGUGGAAAGAGCUGCAGGCUCCGGUGGACAAAUUACCUGAGACCGGACAUUAAACGAGGAAAUUUCACCAGGGAAGAAGAGGAUACCAUCAUCAAAUUGCAUGAAAUGCUAGGGAAUAGAUGGUCAGCAAUUGCUGCAAGAUUACCGGGACGGACAGACAACGAAAUAAAAAAUGUAUGGCACACCCACCUGAAGAAAAGAUUGAAGCAAAAUCCUGUUGGUAUCCCAGAAAUUAAAAGACGCUCCAUUGAUAUGAUCUCCAGAGUAGAUCCAGAAUCGAAGACAGAACCUGAGUUGGUAAAUUUAUCAAAUCUUGUAGGAUUUGAGUCGUGUGAGGGCAUAGAAUAUAGACCCAUUUCGCCACAGCAGUGCUCUUCCAGUGAAAUCUCGUCUGUGACCACAGGUGACGAUGCCAUUAAUAACAUGUCUUCCAUGAAGGUGGAGCCAUCGGAUGAUUUUCUUGAAAUGGAUGAAAAUUUCUGGUCAGAAGUAUUGUCAAGCGACAACUCAAGCUCGGAAAGUGAUAUUCUGGGGGCGGCACAAUUUCAAAUUCCAUUUUCUACACUAGGAAAUGCCAUGGAACCUGCAGUCCAAUAUGGCUAUAAUUCAAGCAUGUAUGAUAGCAUGGAAUUCUGGUAUACCUUUUCACAAGAACUGGGGAAUCACUAGAAUUACCAGAAAUUUGAAUGACAUGGUUGGAUUUUCUUUUUUUGC